AGAUACAUAGUACACCCAGCUAACAGCUGCGUAGGCAGAAGGCAGACCCUUGCAACAAAACGCAACUCAGACUUGGACAGGCUUGUUCUACUGGACUUUUCAAAGGAUGGGGGAGUUCAGGCAGUAUGAUCAAGACUUCUACCAGUCUGAAUAUUACAUAGAUGAUCAGGCCCAAGAGGCAUACGGCUAUGACACAGCAUAUGCCAGUCCACAUUACCAAGAUGUAGACUGUGCAUCUGCUGCAUCAGAAGCCUAUACGCCAUUAACAGAUCCACCUUACAGUGGGCAGAUGUUUCAACCUGCAGCUUCUUCUGGGGCUGCUGAACACACCAACACCUUUGAGGAUGAACCUCCACUGUUAGAGGAAUUGGGCAUUAACUUUGAUCACAUCUGGCAGAAGACUCUGACUGUGCUGAACCCGAUGAAGCCAGCGGAUGGCAGCAUCAUGAAUGAGACCGAUUUAACUGGUCCUGUUAUUUUCUGCAUCGCUUUGGGGGCCACUCUUUUAAUGGCAGGGAAGGUACACUUUGGCUAUGUGUAUGGUAUCAGUGCCCUGGGCUGUGCAGGAAUGUAUAUUCUGCUGAAUUUAAUGAGUGUAUACACAAUAUCCUAUGGAUGUGUGGCGAGUGUAUUAGGAUACUGCUUGCUGCCCAUGGUGGCUCUCUCUGCAUUCGCUAUUUUUUAUUCUCUGCAAGGCAUUCUUGGCACGAUGCUGGCCUUGUUUGUGAUUGGCUGGUGCAGUCUAUCAGCAUCUAAGAUCUUUGCAUCUACACUGGAUAUGGGUGGACAACAGCUGCUGGUGGCGUACCCAUGCACUCUGCUCUAUGGAGUCUUUGCUCUCCUCACCAUCUUUUGAUUAUCCAAUUAAGAAGCUUUGACCGCACUGAAACCCAGUUUAAGGUGACUGAAGAAUUCAAUUACUGGAACUGUUUUACACAGUUUGGGGAAAAAACAGGUAUCCAUCAUACCCCACUCCUGAAUAAAUACUAUUCUGAUAUUCAGUUCAAAUGAAAAAAGAUAUUAUGCAUAUGACAGAUCUCGAUUCAUCCAACAUCCUAAAGCUUUGGCUGUAGUAAUAUUACUGCUAAGCAACAAAUUAUUGUUAUGAUUAUGAAUUAUUAUUGUGAUUAUAUGAUGUCUUCUUUUGUAACGAGUCUUUAAUAUUGAUGUUAUAUGAAGUAUUACUAAUAUUAUUACUGGAUUUACAAGCAUCUUCCUAAAAGUUGUUGUUUUGAAAUUAAUAGUUUCCAUGCCUUGUGUAUAAUCUCUUCCAUCUGGAAUAAAAUCAUAAAUUUUAAGUUUAACUUUUCCUGAGCACAUGAUGUUUAACUGUACCUACUUUCUUCAGUUAGACAUCUGAUGGACUUAUUCAAUUAGCUUUUAAACCUAAACUCCAGUUAUGAGAGAUAAUCUGCAUACAGGGCCUCUCUCUCUCUCUCUCUAUGAUAAAUAAUUGAGGGGCAAAUGAGAGGAUUGACCUUCUGAUCUUGUGCAUAAUUUAACAUGUACAUGUGGAGGAGGUGCAGAAGGUGUGUAACAUUGCAAAGUUCCUGAAGGAUG